AAUUCAUGGAGAGUCAAUCUCCUCCAAUGGAGGAGAGUCGUAAGUUUGAAGGUGUGGAGGGCACAUUUGAUUCCGAGUCCAACACAGACGAGAAAAAGAACGGGGAAGAAAAUGCAAAGAGAGAGGAAAACAAAAAUGAAGAAUUAAAUGCAGUAAAACGCUCUCACAGUGAAGAACGAGAUAGCCGCCACUACUCUCGUUCCCACUCUGCAAGAUCAUCCCAUUCACACGACAGACACCGUUCAAGAAGGUCUCGCUACCAUAGUCGGUCUCCAAGUCGUCAUCGCCAUUCGAGUCAUCGAAGGAGGAGAUCGAGGUCCAGAUCCAGAUCUAGAUCGCGUUCCAGAUCCAAAUCAGCAAAACGAACGAAAAAUACUCUGCUCGAUGUGAUCAACAAUGCGAAGCAAUCGAUUUUGUCUUCCCAAAACAGCACAAUUCCAGACUUCGACAUGAUCGAGCCCCGCUACGCCUACGGCAAAGACCUCUAUGUGGGGAACAUCGACGAAGGCACCUUUCCGGAAGACGUGGUGGCCUUUCUCAACCGCGCCAUGCACACGGCUCGUCUCAAUCUCUGGCCAGGCAAUCCCGUAUUGAGCUGCCGAAUCCUCCCCAAGUUCUGCUUCGUGAGUCUUCGCCACGAGGACGAGGCCACGGCCGCGCUCAACAUGGACGGGAUCUACUUCCAUGGCCAGCGUCUCCGCAUCAGUAUCCACGUUUCCACGAUUGAAUGGUAGAUCGACCGGUAGACUACGGAGGUCCGCAGACGGAUCAUCGGCAAUGGCAGGAAAUCUGUCCAGACAAAACCUGGGCAGAUAUGUUCGAAGUGUCCGGAUUAGAUGUGAGAUGGAUUCUCAAAGAGCUCGAAACCAUUCCACAGGAAGUUCUUCAUAUGUGCGUUGAAAUGGACGAGCAGUCGCUUACUACGGUUUUGGAGAUUACGAACUUGGUGACGCCGAUUGAUUUGGAAUCGGUGGAUGACUUCUCUGCGCUUCGGGAGGAGAUCAGGGAGGAAAUGACACGCUACGGAGAGGUGAAGAGCGUGCUGGUAGCUCCGAAGACCGCGAUGGAAGAAGGAAAAGUGUUUGUGGAGUUUGCGACGGUGGAAGAAGCGAAAAAAGCGUAUAACUCGUUGUGGUAUCGAAUGUUUGACAAUCGAUUGCUUGGAGUUGCGUUCUGCUCGAAGACUCAAUGGGAAAUCAUAAAUGCAAAUAAAACUUAGUGG